UAACAACACUGGACCACUCACUGGACACAUUUCAAUUUUUAGCACUUGUCAAUUGUUUUUGGUUGUCUUUGUCUUUUUAGUUUCCGUCAUCAUUUGAAUGGCUGUUAGGUUUGCUCUAUUAACUUUAUUUACGUAAAAAUUCAAUUUAAUUGUAUGAACCAACGUUUUUAUUGUAUUUAAAUACAAUUCAAAUCUAAAUUUUGGAAUAAUCAGCAUGGCUGCUUUAUUACACGAGAAGGUUUGGUUAGACCGGAAUGUUUACAAUGAUGCUGAAAAAGCUUAUUAUGAAUCUUUGUCGAAGGUCCAAGCACCAUUAUCGUUAGCUCGAUCAUCAUUGGCCAGUGAAGUCGCAAAGGCUAGACAGCAUAUUAAAAAUUCUUUAGAAUGUAUGGAUAGUGUAGCAACUUUGGCGGGUGUUCCUAAUACAGAGCUCAGUACUAAAGUCAUCAGCUUAGAAAACGAAAACAAGGAUUUGAAAAAGGCUAUAGAUGAUUUACGUAAUUUAGUCAUCAGCCUGCAAGUCCGUGUUGAAACCUUGGAAUCAUCCAGCAGUAUCACCUCUGAUUGUAUUCAAUCAGAAAAACCUGCAGCAGCUUCUACUGAUAAGGAUGACGAAGAUGAUGAUGUUGAUUUGUUUGGUUCAGAUGAUGAAGAGGAGAGUGCUGAAGCAGCUAAGAUAAAGGAAGAGCGUCUUGCUGCAUAUAAUGCAAAGAAAGCUAAAAAGCCAGUGCUAAUUGCAAAGUCGAAUAUUAUUCUGGAUGUAAAGCCAUGGGAUGAUGAGACUGAUAUGGCAGCCUUGGAACAAGCUGUAAGGUCAAUCAGCACUGAUGGCCUCUUGUGGGGUGCCGCUAAACUAGUGCCUUUGGCUUAUGGUAUCCAUAAGCUGCAAAUUUCCUGUGUUGUUGAAGAUGAUAAGGUUUCUAUUGAUUGGCUUACUGAGGAAAUCGAGAAAAAUGAAGACUAUGUAAGUGUUCAGUGUACUAUAGAAAAAAUGGUAAUAAUAAGUAUAUGGCAGCUAAUAUCAAAUAUUGAUGCUUAAGUAUUCACUGUAGUGCCUGUUAUGAACUUGUAUAGGACAAGAAAGCCCUUAUAUUAAUGCAGUUGUAACUGUCAACAUGCUAAAAUGAGGGAGGGGCUUUCUUUAUGAGCUCCAGUAAUUUCUCAAUGUGUGGUCUAUAAGAUUGUUUGCCGUUUUAUUGAAUUAAAAAGAUAUGAACACAUAAGAUCAGAGAGAUUAAUUUAAAAUAUUCUGACAAUUUACAAAAUUCACGGUUCUUUAAUAGAAUAGGGAACCAGACGAUAUUUGGAGUUAUAAUAAAUGACUAUCUUACUAUGAAUUAUAAUAUGCUCAUGUAUAACGAAUACCCACAUAAUAAUAUGACCUCAUGCAUUUAUAUUGGUGAGAACCAAUUGUUUACUGGUGGUAGGACCUUUUGUGAGUCCGCACGGGUAGGUACCACCACCCUGCCUAUUGCUGCCGUGAAGCAGUUUCGGUUUGAAGGGUGGGGCAGCCGUUGUAACUAUACUGAGACCUUAGAACUUAUAUCUCAAGGUGGGUCGCGCAUUUACGUUGUGGAUGUCUACGGGCUCCAGUAACCGCUUAACACCAGGUGGCCUGUGAGCUUGUCCACCCACUUAAGCAGUAAAAAAAAACAUCUUAUGUAAAGAACAGGUUUGAAAAUAAUGCAAUGUUAGUAUGGAAACAUUAAUGUUUAAUAUCUCAUAUUGUGACAGCAAUGCUUUUUUUACUUAAUAAAUAUCAUUUCAUAAUUACCUUUUACAAAUUUUUGUUAUUGGUAUACUGUUACAUGAUAUGAAUAAAUUUGGUUAAAAAUGUCAAUAUUAGCAUUUGAAAAUUGGAGAAAACUUUCUAGAAAUUAUUAUUGAACUUAAAAUAUGAUCUGUUCUACAUUUAUACUCUAGCAUUUCGCAUAUGUUUUUUCCAGGUACAAAGUGUCGAUAUUGCUGCGUUCAACAAAGUCUAGCACAGAAAUGUUAAAUAAAAUAAAAUGAAAACAUUGUUUGAA